CCGUUUCAAAAAUUAAUAGAAAUGCUUAACUUCGCCGGGAAGUAGAAAAACCACUACAGAAUAACGGAGUAUGAGUGAGGAUCUCUCUUUCUCUCUCUAAAACUCGGAGAUUGACUCGGUGAGCCGGAUGGGUCAGGAAUCGUUCAUAUACAGCUUCGUGGCUCGGGGCACGAUGGUGUUGGCCGAGUACACCGAGUUCACUGGCAACUUUCCGGCGAUUGCGACUCAAUGCCUCCAGAGACUCCCCUCCUCCAACAACAAGUACACAUACAACUGCGAUCACCACACUUUCAACUUCGUCGUCGAAAAUGGUUAUGCUUAUUGUGUUGUUGCCAAAGAUUCUGUUGGGAAGCAGAUUUCUAUUGCAUUUUUGGAACGUAUGAGGGCGGACUUCAAGAAAAGAUAUGGUGGUGGUAAAGCAGAUACAGCUGUUGCCAAAAGUCUCAAUAAGGAGUUCGGACCGAUUAUGAAAGAGCACAUGCAGUACAUAAUUGACCAUGCUGAAGAGAUUGAGAAGCUAUUAAAAGUGAAGGCCCAAGUUUCAGAGGUUAAAAGUAUUAUGUUGGAAAAUAUUGACAAGGCUAUUGAUAGGGGGGAAAACUUGACAAAUCUUGCCGACAAGGCUGAAAAUCUCCGAGAUUCAGCCCAACAAUUCAAGAAGGCAGGGACACAAAUCCGACGGAAGAUGUGGUAUCAAAACAUGAAAAUAAAAUUAGUUGUUCUUGGGAUCCUUUUACUUCUGAUCUUGAUAAUCUGGGUUUCGGUAUGCCAUGGUUUUAACUGCACCAACUAGCAUGCUCAGUAUGCAAUUGGGCCUCGCUAGUUGAAUCACCAGAUAUAUUGUCCGUCGCUUGUAAGCUUCUUUGUGAGUUGAUUUCUGGUAAUUUCAGAUCAGCUACAGAGUUACAAAAUGAACAUUUUCUCUUUAUAAUACCUUUUUCUUUUUUCUCUUUCUUUUUCUUUUCUCAUCUUUUUCUCUUUCUUUUUCUUUUCCUUCUCUCUCUCUUAAUUUAUUUGUUUUUGUUUUUGUGUGGGGCUUGUAGUUGUAUUUAGGAGCUGUAAUUGGUUGUGGGAAGGUCUGUUAAAAUAAUACAGACAUAGUUUUGAAGCA